AUGAAGAUCUUAUAUUUCUUCAUAUUAGCAACUAGUCUUUUGGUUGUCCUGUCAGGUUCUUUGACAGAAACCUUGAGUGCUGAACCUAACUCUCAGACUAGAAUUAUCGGAGGACAGCCAGCAGUUGACACUCAAUUUCCCUAUCAAGUUCGCCUGACUGUAUAUGGAUUCCUUGUGAGUAGUUUCCUGCUCAUUGGCUGGUGCGGCGGAGCCAUCAUCAACGAAGAGUGGACUCUAACAGCUGCGCAUUGUAUAACCAGAGAUCCAAAUCCCUUGCCUUACGUUGUCGUUUACGUUUACGUAGAAGCUGGUUCUGUGAUAGCAAAUCAAGCUCGUCAGAAAACUUCUGUGCCAAUACAGAAUAUUUUCGUUCAUCCGGACUACGAUUCAUCCACCAGAGACAGCGAUAUAGCUCUCCUCAAGACGAAACCCUUCGAUCUCGGAACAGCAUACGUCAAAGCUAUCAAGUUACCAAGCUACUCAACAGAUCGAGAUAAAUACGCAGGAUGGACAGCCACAGUUGCGGGAUUUGGAGUGACCGUCAAUUCCAUGACAGCCUCACCAUCGAAUAGGAUGAACUUCAUACAAUUGACAGUGAUAACAAGAGCUGCUUGUGAAGCUGAAUACAGUACUGUCAUAGAGACUAAAGCAAUCUGUGCAGAGGAUUUAACUCCACCCAAGAGUACCAUUUGCAACUACGAUUCCGGCGGAGCUUUAGCCGUCGUCGAAUCAGGAGAAACUACCGUCAUAGGGACUGUUUCUUUCAUUUAUGCCGGAGAAUGCGAUGGCUCAGCCCAAAGUUUUGCAUAUAUUCCAGAACUCGUUAACUGGAUCACUGGAAUCAUGAAUUCCAACUAA